AUGGCGUCUCGGCGAGAUCUGAACAGGGAGCCAUGCCCAGACCGCAUACUGGACGACAUGGGAGGCGCCUUUGGCAUGGGUGCCUUGGGUGGCUUUUUAUGGCAUUUUGCAAAAGGCUGGCGGAAUUCGCCUAAGUACGAAAAAUUCAACGGGGCGAUGUUUUCGGGAACGCUCAAGUCCCCAGCUGUGGGCUCGGCUUUCGCUACUUGGGGCGGUUUAUUUUGUGCCUUUGACUGUACACUGGCAUAUGCUAGGGGAGGGAAGGAGGAUUCCUGGAACCCUGUAAUUGCAGGGGCUGCCACCGGGGGGGUGCUCUCAAUGCGAUCUGGCUGGAGAAGUUGUGCUAGAAAUGCGGCAGUUGGAGGGAUUCUUCUUGGGAUUAUCGAGGUCGUGCAAAUCAUGUUUCUUCGCGGGGCACCCACGAUGACCCCUCGAAAGCAAUUUCAGCAAAUGAAAGAGUAUGAGGAACUGCAGCAACAGGCAGCCGCUGGGAAUUCCUCUUCUUUGUGGUCUCGACUUAUUCCUACACCCUCCCCGACCCCUUCAAAACCGCAGUCUUCGUCAGAAAUACUUCAAGAUUCUGCGGCUCUGAGGUGA